AUGAUCAUUGUUCAUGAAACAGAUGUUGCAUUGCAUAUUCUAAGUAAAAAUAGGAACUUGGCAUUUUUACGCGACGCAAAGAAAGAGACUGCAUUGCACGCGCUUGCUCGUAAGCCUCUGAAACCUGCAACCCAUCAAUUGAGUAUUUGGGGCUUCACAAUGCAAUGGAGCAGAAUAAAUCAAGAAACAAGGGCAGAGCCACAAGCUUCACUUCAACUAACACAAGCCCUUUGGAACGAAGUCAUCAAACUGAAGGAGGAGGAUAUAUCUAACUUGAUAGGCUAUCUUUGGCGUCUAUUGUUUGUUGCAGCAAAACUAGGGAAGGUUGAAUUUCUAAGAACUAUGAUCCAAUCUUAUCCUGAUCUUAUAUGGAAGGUAGAUAAAAACAGGUGUACUAUUUUCCACAUUGCCAUCAUACAUCGCCAUGAAGAGAUCUUUCAGCUUAUAUAUGAGAUUGGAGCAAUCAAGGACUUACUAGCUACAUUCAAAGAUGAUCGUGGAAAUAACAUGCUGCAUUUGGCUGGAAAGUUAGCACCUCCUGAUCGACUUAACACUGUGUCUGGGGCAGCUUUGCAGAUGCAACGCGAAAUACUAUGGUUUAAGGUAAUGAUAUGCCAUAAACCUAUUUCUAUUGUUUGCUUUGUUUUCAGGGCCAAAGGUGAACAAUGGAUGAAGAAGACUGCUGAAUCUUGUGCUUUCGUCGCCACUCUGAUAGCUACUGUGGUAUUCUCAGCCGCCUUCCAACUACCUGGAGGUGUUAACGACAAAGGAAGUGCUAUCUUAUUGAAAACCCCGUCCUUUGUGGUAUUCUCCACCUCGAAUGCAGUAUCGUUGUUCAUCUCUCUUGCUUCAGUACUGAUGUUCCUGUCAAUUCUGACUUCACGUUAUGCAGAAAGUGACUUCCAUGUAUCACUUCCUUUAAAGCUCAUGAUGGGGCUUACCUUACUGUUUGUUUCGAUUGCAACCAUGAUAAUCGCCUUCACUGCUACAUUCUUCAUAACAUUCUGUGAGGCUGCUGUGAGAUGGACUCCUGUGCCUAUAAUUGCCCUGAUUGCUUUUGUUCCUGUUGCACUUUUCGCCUUACAGCAAUUCCCGCUUCUGUUGGAUAUUUACCGGUCAGCCUCAAUGUAA